CCCAUAUUUCAACCCCCACCAUCACUGGCCCAUCAGACUGAAACUACAUCUCAUUGUACCUAAAUGUCCUAAAUGUUCCCCUCCAACACAUUUCAAGGUCAAAGGUUCUCCGUCUCAACACCAAAUACAACCACAACAACCACGAUAACAACGAUCACCACAAUCACAAUCGAACUCACACCUAGGCUGUCUAGCAUAUUACUAGAAUCAUAUCAUCUUCCGUCAACAAACCCGAAGAAAAGACCAUAGUAACUGUGCCAUCUCCGUCGGCCACGAUGGCAUCCCCCGACCCCUUCGACUCAGCUCUGGAUCUCCUCCGCCGCCUGAACCCGAAGCAUACGACAGCGCACCUAGGCUCCCUGAUUCAGCUGGCACCAGAGCUGACUGAGGACUUGCUCAGUUCCGUAGACCAGCCGCUCGCCGUGCGACGCUGCCCGCAGUCGGGGCGCGACUACCUCCUCUGCGACUACAACCGUGAUGGCGACAGCUACCGUUCCCCCUGGAGCAACGAGUUCGACCCCCCUCUAGACGGCGGCGCUGCCUCUGCCGCCAGUCUCCCCUCCGAGAAGGUCCGCCGCAUGGAAGUCCGCGCCAAUGAGGCCUUCGACGUCUACCGCGACCUCUACUACGAGGGUGGUGUCAGCAGCGUUUAUUUCUGGAACCUCGAUGACGGCUUCGCAGGCGUUGUGCUUUUGAAAAAGGAAGCCAAACCGGGAAGCGCAAGCGAAGGUACUUGGGAUUCGAUCCAUGUUUUCGAAGCUAUUGACCGGGCCCGAUUCACCCAGUACAACCUCACCUCCACCGUUAUUCUGUCACUAUCUACGAAUUCGAAUAGCCUGGGGGAUAUGGACCUCUCCGGCAAUAUGACGCGUCAGAUCGAAAUUGAGCUACCCGCUGAGAGUGACGAGCAGCAAAUUGCAAACAUCGGUAGACUUGUUGAGGACAUGGAACUCAAGAUGCGGAAUCUACUCCAGGAGGUUUACUUUGGCAAAGCCAAGGACGUAGUUGGCGACAUGAGGAGCGUGGGAAGCUUGAGCGAGGGCGCAAGAGACAAGGAGACACAAAAGGAAAUUAUUGGAAGUAUGCUACGGUGAUAGUUAUUCUAAAAUACCACCGUACGCACGGCGCUGGGGGAUGUGACGAAUAGGAAAUAAAGCUAGAUAUGUUUUGGUCUGGCCGUAACCAUGACGAGAAGUGCAAGAUGCUGAUGAGAACAUAUGAAAAUGAGAAUGAGUAUGAUAGCGAUGAGGGAAAAGUCGCACAGCAGCAACAGAUCGGAAAUGAUGACAAGUCUCAGAAAAAGGGUCUCGGGAAUUAUGUCUAAGACCUUUGGUAGCGACUACAGACCUACCUAGUACUUACCUAGUAAUUAGGUAUUAGCUUGGUAUGGUUGGUGGGUGUAUGGGAAAACAAGGGAGAUGAGAAUAUUACCUACGCGUGUGAUGGAGUUUUACAUAUACUAGGUGACAUACAGUAUCUUAGACUUAGGUAGACGGGAGGCCAUGUGGGCUUUUGUUCUCUAUACUUUGGAAGUUGGGACUUGAGAAGUUCAUUAAGACAUUUUCGUGUGAGACUUUGAACUUUGGGAACGGGAGGGCGUGAUAUAAUUGUCGACCUGCUUAUUUGUCUAGUCUCUAAGGUAGGUGUUCAAUAUGAUAAUACCAGAAUAGUUACCUACAUAGACCUAUGUAAUAUGCCUCACCCCCUUCCUAUUCCUUUAAACCCCAAACCCCUAAUAUGCCCCCUUG